AACUUCAUAGGUGCUCGCUGACAACGCUUGCACCAACAGUCUAUUACAAGCUAUACGCGGGGGGGGGAAAUCUUCGUGUUUUUUUGUCUUUGUAUAGAGGGGAGACAUCUGUGCGGAAGGGCUCAUAACCGACACGAAUCUCGUGGGUAGUCUUGGUUCAAUUUGUUUCGCUCAAUUUUAGAGGAUUCGGACACCUUAGGCCGCGAUGUCUGCGGCCGGCUUCGAGACGCUGCUGACGACGCUGCUUCUCUUUUGCUGCGCGACAAACGCGCUGACGAACUUGCAGAGAGCCGUGCAGCUCAUGGAGGAAGUUCCGCUCAUCGACGGGCACAACGACCUCCCUUGGCAGAUUCGGGCAAAAGUAAAAAACCAGCUGGGACAGAUCGACCUCGUCACGAUCAACACCACCCACACCAACAUCGACAAACUCCGCAGCGGACACGUCGGGGCCCAGUUCUGGGCAGCCUACGUGCCGUGCGACUCUCAGUACAAGGACUCCGUGCAGCAAACGCUGGAGCAGAUCGACGUCAUCCAGAGGAUGUGCCACAAAUAUCCCGAGGCCUUCUCCUUCGCCACCACGGCCCAAGAGAUCCAAGAUGCCCACGGUGCUGGGAAAAUCGCUUCGCUCAUCGGAGUGGAGGGCGGUCACUCCAUCGACAGCAGCCUGGCGACUCUGCGCCUCUUCUACCACCUGGGGGUGCGAUACAUGACCCUGACUCACAGCUGUAACACGCCCUGGGUGGACAACUGGCGUGUCGACAGUGGCGACGAUUCGCCACACUCCAACGGACUUUCUCCUUUCGGAAAAAGUGUGGUGCUGGAGAUGAAUCGCCUGGGGAUGAUGGUGGACGCAUCCCACGUCUCCCUGAAGGCGACUCGGGACGCCCUCGAAGUUUCCAAGGCCCCCAUCAUUUUCAGCCACUCCUCGGCCUUCGAAAUCUGCAAGCACUACCGCAACCUGCCGGAUGACCUCCUGCUCAAAGUGAAAGAGACGAAAAGUUUGGUGAUGGUGAACUUCUUCAAUGACUACGUCACCUGUUCAAUGACUGCCACGCUGUCAAACGUCGCAGACCACUUUGACCACAUCAAGAAAGUUGCUGGCAACGAGUCGGUGGGCUUCGGAGGGGAUUACGACGGAGUGCCGAGGGUGCCCACGGGACUGGAGGACGUUUCCAAAUAUCCACACCUGGUGGCCGAGCUCCUGAACAGGAACUGGACCGAGGCGGAGGUGAAGUUGGCACUGGGUGGAAAUCUGCUGCGAGUCAUGAAAGCCGUGGAGCAGGUGAGGGAUUCUCAGAAGAGCCAACCGCCGGACGACAGCCGGAUUCCGCAAGAGGAACUGCUUGAAACCGGGUGCAGAACCGACAUCGAAUUGAGGGGCGAGGCGUCGGCGCCCCUCCGAGACGCAGGCCUCCUCGUGCCCGUUUGGCUCGCUCUGUGGGCGCUGUCGCGGCUCGUUCAGUGAGCGACGUUCGCACGGGCGGCGCGAACCAAACUGUGUCUUUGCGCGUCUUUGUUGCCGCCCUCCGCCCCCGCCCUCCUCCUCCUCCUCCUCCCGCCGCACCUCCGAUUAGCACGGCGCAAAAGAAUUCCGACACGCGCACGAUCGUCAUCGUCGAUAUCAUCAGCCACACUCGAUCCACCGCUGGAUAGAGGGUCUUCCCAAUCCGCCACCGCCGCCGCGCCUCGCCCCCCAUCCCACGGUCUUGCGACGAGGCAGUGAUCCAUGCCGCCCCUCCUUGCGCCGCGUGCACGAUCCCAUCGCUCCGUCUCGGCGGCCCGAUGUGGCUCGCCCGGCCGCGAGUCUCGAGCGACGGUCGGCGAGUGGCCGGCACCCAGCCCCCCGCCGCCACCGGCUCACGACCCUGCGAGCCUCAGAAGCUUGCACCAGCGGACCCAUUCCAUCGCUCCGUGGGAUGGCAUGUCCAUCCACCGCACAGGUGCAGGCAUCUUAACUGUCGUCAUCGGCCAAGCUGCUGGAUGGGGGGGGCCUCCUCAAGAAGCCACAAUCUCUCACGGUCCCGCGGUUUAACAAUCCCCUCCCCCGCUCAGCACCUGCACGUGAACCGAUUUCGUCGCUCCAUCUCCCUCGAUGGACGUGCUCUCAAACGCAUUCCAUUCCGUCACUACCGCUCCGUCAUCCCGUCUCUCGAUGUGUUCUCCCCACGAGUGAAUCUCCGUGAUUUGAUGUCUGUCCCGAGGUGGCACGGGUGGCUCCAAGGGCCUAGGUUUGCAUCCAGGUUUCAGCCACCCGCUAACUUACCUGGGUCCUCGAGUGCAGCGAGCUUGGUGGUCUCAGCUCGGUCACCAAUGACGGCGCACACAAAAAAAAGACUCCACCACGUUAAAUCUACUAAUGUAUUUAAAUUGUUUAAAUACCAGCUCUGAGAAUUUUAAAAAAUAUAUAUAUAUCGGGUUAACUUGCACGCGAUGACAAUUACUCUCAUGCGGCAGGGCGGGUGGGAAAAGUGCUGCCCCCUACUUUGUGCGGGCCAGAGGUCGCUUGAAGAAGAGAUCUCAGAGGUAGCUCUGUGGUAUCCGCUUCCACGGACUGUUCUAUUAACACACAGGGUUGCACCCCUCUGCCAGAGGUCCUAAUUAAUUAUUCAUACCAUGGCACGAUCGGAAUGAAACUGGGUAAAAAAGACAAAGUAAAUGUUUUUUUUUUAAUCUCUACAAUAAUUACAAACAAAAGAGGGUGAACACUUGUUUUAAAACAUGGGUACUGUAUUUACUCUGCCAUAUACGUUGACUGCGAUGGCGGGAAAUUACGAAUCUUAAAAACUGUCCGGAAAACGGAGAAUCGGCUAAUAAAUACGUAAUCGCAUGUGUUUUGAACAACAAUAAAAAAAUAUUUUCA